AUGAUGUUGGACGGGCUCGCGGGUACCAUCAUCGAGAUGCCCGAUAACUGCGGUGCUGCCACUUACGCGGUCGCUCACGAGGUCUCUGUCGCCGAGGAUCAAUCAUUGCCAGCCCAUCUAUCCCAUCUGACAAAAGCCACCGUUAAGGAACUAACCUUCGACUACAAUUUUGGUCUGGUGAAGCGUGAUGCAGGGUCUAUCUAUUUCCGCGCAGACUACGCUAAUAUUGGCGGAUAUUGGGAAACUGUCGUGGAUUCCAGUCCGGCGUCUAAGCGAUCCAUGCUCCGCCGCUUCUACAGCAGCAGCGAUGGAGACUGGGGCAGUCGCUUCGCUACUGUGCGUAAUAAAAAGUCUGGAUCCGGAAGUGCAUUCAGCAAGACUUUCUCGCAGAGUAUUUUUUCGGGUCUCAAAUCGUGCGGAUCGGCCAAAGCGUUUGCUGAUAUCGUGGCGUCUGGCAGUAUUUCGGCAACCGCCAAGAUGGCAGUAUCGAUCGUCGGUACAAUCAGUCCCAGUAUUGACAUCGAGGAGGUCUACAGCUUCGUCGAUACCAACAUUGACGCCAAGAUGAACUUGGACAUGUCGAUGUACGGCUCCUUUAACCUCGACUACACCACGGAAAGCCUCUUCUCCAGCCCCAUCACAAUGGACGAAUUCAACCACAUCGGCAUCAUCUCUUUUGCCCCUACACUUAUGGCAGAUGUCGGAAUGGUGGCCGAUAUCGAAUUGGCGGGGAACAUCUCCACCGGCGUCCACGCUUAUACGAGUACCAACAUCGUCCAGAACUUUCCUCAUGAUGCCGGGGAUUCGUCUGGUCAGACGGCGCAGGAGGCCAUGGGUACCAAGUUCAGCGGAGAUAUCUCUGACGCAGCCGAAGGGACAAUCAAGAUUGACCUACGCCCUCGGGUCGGUCUCUCCAUCACCCUCAACAAAUAUGGGACGGAUGGAAAGGUCGUCAAUGCCUUCACGGAAGCGUCGUUGAACACAUACAACGCCCUACAGGUAGGUUCCGACAAGUCGUAUAACGUGAGUCUGGGCACGGGCCCUGCCACUACAACAGUCACAUAUAAAAACAGCCUUGACUCCUUCACUGCAUGGUCCGAAGAUAGUAAUAUGGACCGUGUCAUUGGGUCCUCCAACCAGGCCAAGGUAAUUGCAUCCGGGGCUGCGGGUGGGGGCGAUGAUGAGGAUAAUAAUAAGGGUGGUCCCUCGCCGCAUACGAUCUCAAACGAGACCAGUUCUCUUUUCUGGGAUUUCGAGAAUAGCUUCCUUGGAUGUUCCACUGGUUUGGUCCUUUCCUGUGAUUCACUGGACGAAAACCCUGUCUGUGAGGUAGACAUCUGCGAGCUUUAUCCUGGUUUAUGCGACGAUUAUGACAGCGUUGAUGGGGGCUUCGACGGGAGCGACGAUGGGGGCUUCGAUAAUGGCACGGGAUCGAGCAACAGCACGAGCAACAGCACCUUGACCAGACGUUCGUCUCUCGCGAAAAGAGGCGCAGAAAGACAAUUCAAGGUACUGCUCGUGGAUAAAACCGAGGCCACGUUCAAGUCACUUCCUUACCCGUCAAUUGGCAAGCUUUAUAGAGGCCCCAAUGGACAGGUUGUCAUUGAGACCGCAUUCGAUGUUAUGAGCAACAGUUGCGACGAUUGGGAGGUCAUUGAUUGGCCUCUCGAUGAUGUUGAUAUGAGCAAGUUUGUCACGGAGCACAUCGUUGAGCUUCAAACCAUCAAGGCGUGGGUACAGGCCCCGAAUUCCGGGAUACUGCCAUCCGGCGUACAGAUGUCAGUGGGAGGGAUUCGGUCUAAAUGGUGGAAAGACUACUUUGGCUCUGCGGUGCUCUCGUCGACGCUUACGCCUGUUUCAGGCUCCUAUGCUCCACAAAGGCCCAGUGACCGUGUUUUUGAUGCGCUGGGAUCUAGUCGCAACAGAGCUGUGUUUGUGCCCUGUCAGAAAGAAAUCAACUCAAUGAAGGCUUUGCUAUGGGAUUUUAAAUCACCAGAUCAGGCUGUAUUUGACGCAGACCUAGAGGACGCCGUGGAAAAUUGCGGCCCUAUUGAAAACUUCCUCAAGCCGCUCAAGCUUAUCCUUGCCGUCUUUGAAUACCUGAACGACGCGGAUGUCAAAAAGCGGUUCGAGCAGGUUGUCGACAACGUGAACACGCAAUUGCAACUGAUUGAGGGGGAUCCCAAUGGUGUCCCCGACCUGUCCACGUCCUGGACUGAAUUCAUACCAGAUUACAUGACCAAGGUUGUAAAGCACGUCCGCGCACUGAUGAACAGCAGGAUAACAGACAUUCGAAACGCAUAUAACGUCGCCAACAAGGGUACCGUCAUGGAUAUCUUGAAAGAUAUGGAGACUGCGGUGGCUGCUAUCACGAUGCCAUACUCUACUGUCUAA